CUAUCAACGUCCAAACUGCCAAAACUCUCUAAACUCCGUUUCACAUAAUCUAAUCUGCAGCCGUGAAACAAGAUUAUGGACAGUCCCGAUAUAUCGGGUUUAAGACCACAGACCUCUUUGACUUCUGGUCUUCCAUUACAAGAUUCUAAUCCUCCCUCGGCUAAGAAGAAGUCGAGGAGGGGCGGGAACCCGUCCAUCCAAAAACGUCGAUGCGUCAGCACCGCCUGUAUAGCUUGCCGACGGCGAAAAUCGAAAUGCGACGGCGCACUCCCAAGCUGCGCCGCGUGCGCAAGUGUGUACGGCACCGAAUGCAUUUACGACCCCAACUCGGACCAUCGUCGCAAAGGAGUGUAUAGAGAGAAGGUCGAUAGCAUGAAGGCUCAGAAUUCUACCCUCCAGAUCCUGAUCGAAGCCAUACUCAACGCAGAGGAAGACGAUGUUCCCGAAAUAGUUAAGAGAAUACGAACCUGUGACAGCUUAGAUACCGUGGCCGAAUCGAUACUCAAACAUGAAGAUUUUGGUCGUGGGGGAGUAGUGGAAGAAGAAGAAGAGUUGGAAGAAGAUUAUAGCACAGAAAUACCCAUCGAGGGUGAAAGAGACCUCGCUCGCAAAAUGGGGGAACUAAGAGUAGAAAACGGAUCGACACGUUUUAUCGGCGGCACAUCCCAUCUAAUACACUGGGACAUUCACGGCGCACCCAAUCCGGAAUAUGAAUAUCGUAAUGCCAACGCGGCUGAUGUAGACCCUAUUACUAGUUGGUCCGAUGUCACCAAAGAUCCAGACGUCGUCAACCAUCUCCUCAACAUGUACUUCAAUUGGCACUACCCUUACUUUACCACGCUUUCACGAUCCCUGUUCUAUCGGGACUUUUUAAAAGGAAGAUCGAAUAUCUCACCCAAUAAGACGGCUUACUGCUCGCCUUUGUUAAUCAAUGCGAUGCUUGCUUUGGGAUGCCAUUUCACGGACGCGGCCUGUGCCUACGCUACCGCCGGGGAUAGCUGGACUAAAGGAGAUCAUUUUUUUGCUGAAGCUAAGAGACUGAUUGUUGACCACGACGAGUACGAAAAGCCUCGCUUAACAACGGUUCAAGCUUUAGCUAUGAUGUCAGUCAGAGAAGCUGGCUGUGGACGAGAAGCCAAGGGAUGGGUUUAUAGCGGCAUGAGCUUCCGAAUGGCACAGGAUUUAGGUCUCAACCUGGAUAUCGGAGGUCUCAAGAACGACAACGAAAACUUAAACGAACGCGAGAUCGACGCACGAAGAGUCACUUUUUGGGGCUGUUUCUUAUUCGACAAAUGCUGGUCGAAUUAUCUAGGUCGACUUCCACAACUACCCAAAAAUUCCUUCAGUGUACCUAAAUAUGACGUUUUCCCGGACGAGGAUGCUGAGUCCUGGUGCCCAUAUACCGAUUCUGGAUUCGAUGAACUUGCGAAGCAGCCAUCACGAACACGCACAGUUGGCCUACAGCUAUCGAAAUUGUGCGAAAUCAGUAGUGACCUAUUGUUAUUUUUCUACCAUCCUAAUCACAUAGGACGAUCAAGCGGCAAGUCAGUCGAGCUAAAGAAACUUAGCGAACUACAUCGACGACUUGAGGACUGGCGCAAAGAGUUGCCUAAGGAGCUCGAACCUAAGGAGGGUCAGCUGCCUAAUGUCAUACUGAUGCACAUGUUCUUCCACCUCCAAUAUAUCCACCUCUUCCGACCUUUUCUCAAAUACGCUCCCGCCACUUCUCCUUUACCACUUCAUGUUUCUCCGCGGAGAAUAUGUACAGCAAAUGCAGGUGCCAUCUCCAAGCUGAUGCGCUUAUACAAAAAGCUUUACAAUUUACGCCAAAUAUGUAACAUCGCAGUGUAUAUGUUACAUUCUGCUUGUACUAUCCACAUACUCAACCUCCCCGAGAAGACUGCGAGGAGGGAUAUUAUUCAUGGCGUUAAGCACCUCGAAGAGAUUGCCGAGGAUUGGCUUUGCGGACGUCGUACGCUCAGCAUAAUCAGCGUUCUUGCUCGUAAAUGGAACGUUGAACUUCCCGAAGAAGCUUCUCACGUUCUGCAACGUACAGACGAAAAAUGGGGUACUUUCAAGACAUCUGACGUGCCUUCACCGCGAUCGCAUAUGGCGAUAUCCCCCUCAUCCACGACUGCCCAUACUACAUCGCCAAAACUGGAGCAUAGCCCUACGUCUCAUCACACGCCAACUUCGUCGCCGUCCCCAAAUGUCAACUUAGGAUCAGGUGUAUCACCGGAGAUCAUGAAUACUCUAACGUCAUCACCAGCCAGCUUCCAACCCGAUGGCCAACUACCACAGAUAAUAGAUAGCGUUUCUAUCAUGGGUAAUUCAGUACCCUUAGAUACCGAAGGGCUAGAUAACCCGAGUUGGCAGCAACCUCCAGCGGCGCAGCCUGUUUCUAACUACCCGCAGGCUUUCCCCCCAAUUCCAAAUAAUGCUAGGCCGAACCAGGCGUCUCAAAGCACGAGACGAAAUCAAUUUCUAAACUCUAUGUAUGCAGUAGAUGGACAAGAUUGGUAUCUUAAAGACGGUGUGAAUUGGCAAUCCGGUUUCGAUACAUGGAACAUGGGGAACGGACCUUCUGGAUCCAACGUGUCAGAUCCAUCAAUGUUCAUAUUCGCGUCGAAUUCACCAGCCAACAACUCCGGUCGGUCUCUUACCCCCAUGGAAUUCAACUUCGAAAGCCUUACCUCCAUGGAUGGAUGGGAUCUCGCGAAUGCGGAGGAAUAGGGUGGAUUUGGAUGACUAUUGGUUUGCGGUAACUGAAGAUUGGCUUAUGUACCUGUACCAUAGAGGUCCGGAAUCUGGUAAUGGUUAUCUCAAAUGUAUACCUAUUGUUGGGUAUUAGAGGGUUGAUUAGGUUAGCGUGUUAAGGUCUGCUAUGUAUUUGGGGCUAUGCAAUGGGUUCGGAUUAAAAGGGGGUGUUAGUAGAGUUCGACGGUACCAUGACGACACGCUGUAUAUAAUGAUUUUAUGCCUCCUAUCAGUCUUGCUCUCCCUUGAUGUGAUGAUGAAUAUGAAGGUCUAAAGAGUUUUUUUUUUUCGG